UGGUUGCUAAGCAACGUCUGUUGUUGGCGUCGCUAAUCACGCAAAAAGUAGACCAAAAAAAGUCGAAGCUGAAUACCAGAAAGUCUGAAAUAAAGAUGACUUUACAGUUGUCAAACAGCAGGCCGGAAACUCCAGUAGUUGAGGAUGGGGACCUGCAAGCGAGGUCAAAGGUCAAAGGUCACGGUCCAGGUCUGCUCAGCAUGUCCGACUCUGAUGCAGACCCCAUGGACACGGAGGGAGAAGAAGAGAGCGAGGCUGAUGCUGAGUCUGAAACAGAGCAGGACAUUUCUCUCUCCGUUCACCUUCCCAGUCCUGUCCCUACCAACAGAGAGACAUCUGUCCCUCAGACUCCACCCAGAACUGACGGAGACCUCCGCAUACACGCUGUCCUACAGUGCGACUGUGAGGUCAUGACCUGCCAGUUCAGCAACGAUGGGACUCUACUCGCUGUUGGACUCGCUGACAGCUCCAUCAAGGUCUACAGCACUGACAGAGGGGAACUGCUUCACACUCUGAGAGACCAAGAUAGCGUGGUCUGCUCUCUGCCUGUCACCAGUCUAUGCUUCACACACACCAGCCAAACACACAGCAUCCUCCUGGCUACCUACGCCAGUGGGUGUGUGAGGUGCUGGUACGUGUGGGGCCGGCAGUGUGUGUGGUGGCUGAAAGAAACGAGGGAUAAUGGAGAAGGUGAAGGAGGAAUGCAGAGGCAGACCCUCUGUCUGUCCGUUUCUCCGUCCGGUGAACAAUCAGUGACCGGUGGCUCCGAUUCAGCCAUCCAUCUGUACGAUCUCAACACACACCAGAGAAUACAGGUCUGCAGGGCCAGCUCGACGAAGACGGUGAUGGAUGGCCACGACUCACGCAUCUUUGCCGUGACAUUUCAUCCUGACAGAGAGACAGAGUUCAUUUCGGGAGGAUGGGACAACACUAUUCAAUUCUGGGACACCAGACAGCAACAUGCAGUCAGAAUGAUUUACGGUCCUCAUGUGUGUGGCGAGGCCCUCGACAUUGACCCGUCAACCAAUCAGAUUCUGUCUGGUUCCUGGAGGAAAUACACCACUUUGGAGGUCUGGGAUUACAGUUCAGGCAAGAAAGUGACCAGUGUUCCCCCAGACCCACACGGAGACAGCAUGAUCUACACGUGCCAGUGGUUGGGCCGAGAUCAUAUAAUAGCAGCCGGCGGUCAUGCUAACGCACUGAGGGUCUUCGAUCGCCACAGUCUGACGGUGAAGUCACGGUUGUUUGACUUGCCCUCUGCCGUGUUCAGUUCUUCAGUCUGUCCAUCUGAAAAGUGGGCGGGGCUUAUAGCGGCCACCUCUGGAGACCAAGUGUUCCUAUUGGUCACGGAUCAGAGAGUGCCGAACCCUCUCUGAGUGCCUGCGUGAAUUUAGCAGAAAUGUGUUUUUUAACUUUUAUAGCAGUUAUAAGAGAGUAGGUGUACAACAAAACAGUGAAGGAAAAACUUAAUCUAAUAGUCGACCUUUGUCAUUUUGCCAAACAUUAUUUAACUUUAAAUUAAACUGAUCAUUUAAUUUGUCCAAAACUGCCAGUAUUGUCAUUUAAAUGAAUAUAAAAGUUCAGUGUUAGUUUAAACACAGUCUACUAUCAUUUCUUCUAAAAAAAAUUAGCCAAUACUUUUUUUUUUUUUUUGAGACCUAAAAAUAAAAACCUAACAACAAACAAACAAACAAACAAUUCAUUCAUUCACACUGAGUCUCUGCCUCAGACAUUUUGUCCACGGCCCAUCAGUGUGUCUGAUAUUGUGCUACCCUCCUGCAGUAUUUUCUAACACACUUAGUAGGUUCUGAUUUCCAAAAUAUAAACAAAUUAGUGAUUUAACCAAUAAAGCAUUAAGAAUGCUAAUACUGUGAUGCUAAUACUGUAUAACUGUUACAGUCAUGCCAUUAAAGUUCAUCUGAAUCGUUCUUUCUAGUGCUGCUGUUCACACUGCAUGUAUUUAAAAGGGAAUUGAUCUACAUUGUUCACGAAUUCCUAAAAUCGUUUUUGCUGUUUAUGCUAAGCAGUAAUAGCAACAGUUCACAUCCAGGGGAAAUUAUGCACAUUGUUGGUCGUCUCUCCAACUUUUCUGUCGCAGUACAUCAGAUGCUUGCUCAGUUCCAGCAUAGUGGGGGUCCCAUCAGAUAUAGUGGGGGAAAAAAGGAAGAAAGAGCAAAGCAGUCCGAAGGGUUAGAGGUAAAACCGUAUACUACAUAUUUGCAGAAGAGAGAAGAUAAGGACCUCAACCGGACCAAUUCCCGUAAACAAGGUGGCCAGUUCCAUCUAUCAUUUUCCUCUGACUGAGGUGCAAAGUGUAUCGCUCAAAACUGGAGCUCUAUUCACGAUCGAUUCACGAUCUCCACCUACCCUAAAGCGGGUAAAAACACGGACUCAUUACAAAUUACGACCAGUCUCUGUUGAUCAGUAUAUCAAAAGCACUGUUUUAAAUCCUAAUUAAAGAAUUAACACUAUGGUCUCCAAAGAGAAAUGUCUUAUAAUACAUCUAAAUUAGGUGUAAUCUUAAUAAAUAUUUGAUGGAAAGUGACCAUUUUCAAAUAUUUUAAUAAAACAUAACCCUAGAACUGGUAUUUUUGUGGUCUAAUCCAGAACAUAUUUUUGAUUUGUGUAUAUUUGUCA